UAGUGAAGAAGAGUAUAAAACUCGAUUAACAAACUUCGCCGACGGUUAUUCAAUCCUCCUCCUACACGUCUCUCUCUCUCAAUUCCUCCCGGAGUAACAAUGACGAAAAUGCCCCUCUCCGUCGUCUUCAUCCUCCUCCUCCUCGCCGUCGUGGUUCCACCUUCUACGGCGGAGAUCAAAUCUCUCGUCAUCUCCGACGACGCUCGUCCGAUGAUCCUCUUCGAGAAAUUCGGAUUCACACACACCGGCCACGUCACCGUCUCAAUCUCCUCCGUCUCCGUCGUCUCCACUUCCUCAGAUCCAAAUCCAGAAGCAUCGCGUCUCGGAUUCUUCCUCCUCUCCGAAGAAUCUCUUCUUCAGGUCCUCCUCGAGAUCCAACAGAACCCUAGAUUCUGCGUUCUAGAUUCGCACUACGUCACUCAUCUCUUCACAUUCAGAGAUCUAUCUCCUCCGCCAAACUCCAGAUUCAACCAAUCUUACCCAGUCACUUCCCCAAACGAAUACUCUCUCUUCUUCGCGAAUUGCGUCCCUGAAACCAAAGUUUCCAUGGCGGUUCGUACAGAGAUGUAUAACAAAGAUCCAAACGGAUCCAAAGACUAUCUACCAGCUGGAUCUACUCAAUUACCAACUCUCUACUCUUUCUUCUUCCUCUGCUACGUUGCUUUCCUCGGUUUCUGGAGCUACACUUGCUGGACUAACAAACAAACCGUUCAUCGGAUCCAUCUUCUCAUGGCAGGUCUGCUUCUAAUCAAAUCAUUGAAUCUGAUUUGUGCAGCUGAAGAUAAACAUUACGUGAAGAUCACUGGAACGCCUCAUGGCUGGGAUAUUCUCUUCUACAUCUUCCAAUUCAUCCGUGUUGUUCUUCUCUUCACCGUGAUCAUCUUGAUCGGAACUGGCUGGUCGUUUUUGAAACCUUUCUUGCAGGAGAAAGAGAAGAAUGUGUUGAUCAUUGUGAUCCCACUUCAGGUAUUAGCCAACAUUGCUUCCAUUGUCAUUGGUGAAACUGGACCUUUUAUCAAAGAUUGGGUUACUUGGAACCAAGUGUUUUUGCUUGUGGAUAUCAUCUGUUGCUGUGCUAUUAUCUUCCCGAUUGUCUGGUCGAUUCGAUCCUUGAGAGAGACUUCGAAAACCGAUGGUAAAGCUGCGAGGAACUUGUCGAAGCUCACGUUGUUUAGACAGUUCUACAUUGUUGUCAUCGGAUAUCUUUACUUCACGAGAAUCGUUGUGUUUGCGCUUAAAACCAUUGCGGCUUAUAAGUAUCAGUGGGUGAGUUUUGCAGCUGAGGAGAUUGUGAGUUUGGUGUUCUAUGUGAUCAUGUUUCAUAUGUUUAGGCCUGAGGAGAAGAAUGAGUACUUUGCUGUUGAUGAUGAUGAAGAAGAAGCUGCUGCUUUGGCCCUUAGGGACGAAGAAUUUGAGCUUUGAAAAGCAUACAAAUGGAGGAUUUUUCUUGGUGAGCAAGGAGUUAUUCUUUUUCAGUAUGUCUAUGUUUAAAGUCGUCUAAUACUGCAACUGUUAUUGUUGUUCCCUCUUUUGUUAAAUUUUGUUUUUCUUUACAUUUAAAUUCUCUGUUAUCAAUACUUUUUAUGGCUUUAAAUCGAUGUGGAUUUUGGGGCUGUAGCAAAUUUUAUUUGAAAG